GUGGUCUCGCCGCGCCGCCAGCUUUCCCCAGAUCAACAACCCGCAGCAGACAGCGGUGACAGUUGGGCGUCUUUCCCCGCAGCUGGUACCAGUCUGGAGGUGAAACCAGCAGCUCGUCUGGAGGUGAAAGGCCCAGCCAGGGAACCUCUGUCAUGGAGUAACAUCUUCUGUCCCUGGACACAACUCCUCCAAAUCCUCCCCCCCCAAAAAGGACUGUUUCCCCUCAGCGGAGCUGGAUGAUGAGGCUGAGCUUCCACGGCUGCACACGGAGGUUUGGCUCUGGCUGGAAACCAUGAAGCACCCUGGGGAGUGACCUCGGUGGGGACGGCAGCCUCCAGGUCACCUCUGCACCAUGGCGUCCAACGAGAGACUGUACGAGGUCUGGAUGCUCUACUGCACCAAGAGGGAUCCGGACUACCUGAAGAUAUGGCUGGAGAACUUCAUCGGCUGCUACGAGCAGUGCCUCGACGUGGACUUCGAGAAGCCACCUUCCAGGCCAGAGGAGGUCCCACCGGUGUUGACGCUGCUCCCUGACAACAUCCUGCAGGUCCUGCGGCACCAGCUGCUGCAGUGUGUGCAAAAAGCCUCCGAUGGCCUGGAGGCGGAGCAGCAGAACCUGGCGCUGCUGCUGCUCAAGUUCCUCAUCAUCACCUGCAGGAACCUGUCCAACGUCGAGGAGAUUGGCACCUGCUCUUACAUCAAUCACAUCAUCACCAUGACAACACUGUAUAUUCAGCAGCUGAAGAGCAAGACCAAAGAGAAGGAGAUGGUGGACCAGAGUCAGGCGGAGGAGUUCGUCCGCCACGCGCUGGCCUUCAGCGAGAGCCUGUACGACCCGUACCGCAACUGGAGGCAUCGGGCCUGCGGGGAGCAGCUGGAGAGGAGCAGGCAGAAGUACAAGGCAGCUCCGCUCACGGUCGAGUUCGUUCCUUUCUUCUACCAGUGCUUCCAGGAGAGCGAACACCUCAAGGAAAGUCUGAAAUGCUGCCUGCUGCACCUGUUUGGGGCCAUCGUCGCUGGAGAUCAGAGGAACGCUCUGCUCGCCAUCUCGCCCGCCACCAUGGAGGUGCUGAUGCGGGUGCUGGCCGACUGCUCCACGGGCGGCUGCUCCUCGGACGAGGCGGAGGACUGGGACAGCGAGGCGCCCGACCGGAAGGCCCUGCUGACCCUGGGCUGCCUGAGGGAGGUGGUGCAACGCCUGCUGGCCUCCAGCUCCGACCAGCGGCAGGUGGAGAUCGCCUCUGUGCUGGAAAACUACUUCAAGCUGCUCAACUCGGACCCGGCGGCCGUGGUCGCCGCCCGGCAGCAGCAGCAGCAGCAGCAGCAGCAGCAGCAGCAGCAGCAGCAGCAGCAGCAGCAGCAGCAGCAGCAGCAGCAGCAGCAGCAGCAAGCCAAGGGACGGGUUCCGACGCUGGGCCGGCACUGGGAGAGCCGCUUUGUGGCGCUGCAAGUGCACAUGUUAGACACCAUCAGGGACAUGUUCCUCUGCUCAGACAGGCCCGUCCUGCAGGCCAUCUUCCUCAACAGCAACUGCUUUGAGCAUCUGACUCGGCUGCUGCAGAAUAGCAAGCUGGUUAAUGCCAGGUGCACCGUGGCAGACAAGGACCAGAAAGAUAUAACCAACAACAGGUUACAGACAGGAGAGAGUGACACUCAGGUUAUUCAAGGGCGACUGGACUCCCUUGCUGUAGCAACCAUCAAAGCUCUCACGACAGUGAUGCAUAAAUCACCAGCUGCAAAGGAGGUAUUUAAGGAGCGAAUUGGUUACAAUCACCUCUUCGAGGUGCUCAUCUCUCUUGGCCAGCCGUCCAGACACCUUCUCAAAGAGCUGAUGAACAUGGCGGUGGAGGGGGAGCAUACCUCCGUAGGCCUCCUGGGCAUCAGUAACGUGGAGCCCCUGCUGCUUCUGGUCCAGUGGUUGCCAGAUCUGGAGUCGCCGGAGCUGCAGCUUUUCACGGCCGACUGGGUCCGCCGGCUCAGCUGCCUCAACCGCCAGACGCGCUCCACCUGCGUCAACGCCGCCAUGGUCAUGCGAGCCUUAGCUGCUCUGGAGCACCACGAGCGUCUGCACAGGGCCUGCGCCGAGAGCCUGUUCGGGUUGGUGGGCUCGCUGGGCUCGCAGUCUCUGAGUGCCAGGGAGCUGUCGGGACUCCUGCGUCUCCUCAGGCCCACCGAGCCCAACCAGCCACAUCCGCAUGUGGGCCCGGCCCUGAGGGCCCUGCUGGCCAUGGUCCGCAAGCAGGGGCUGGAGAGCGCCAUGCAGUACUUUGAUCUGUCCCCCAGUAUGGCCGGCAUCGUGGUUCCCACGGUGCAGCGGUGGCCGGGCUCCGCCUUCAGCUUCCUCGCCUGGUUGUCGUUGGACCAGGACCAGCUGGGACCGCUCAGCAAAGACAAGAGGAAGCAGCUGUACAGCUUUUUCACCCCUGGAGGGACGGGAUUUGAAGCGUUUAUCAGCUCAGCCGGAGUGCUGGUGGUGGCCGUGUGCACGAAGAAGGAGUACGUCACCGUCAUGCUGCCGGACUACUGCUUCUGCGACUCUCUCUGGCACAGCAUCGGCGUGGUGCAUGUUCCUGGGAAGAGGCCGUUCGGCCAGAGUCUCGUCUACAUUUAUGUGGAUGGACAGCAGAAACUGUCAGCCCCCCUCAAGUACCCCACCAUGACAGACCCCUUCACCUCCUGCUGCAUCGGCUCGGCGGGCCACCGCACCACCACCCCCCCGCCCUCCCAGAUCCCAGACCCCCCCUUCUCCUCGGCCACCACCCCCACCACUCGCUCCUCGCUGGGCGCCAUCCUCUCCCCGCAGACCUGGGGCGGCCUGCUCGGGGGGAAGCCCGAGUCCGUGACCAAGCUGAUCUCGGCCGGGACCCAGGACAGCGAGUGGGGGAGCCCCACGUCCCUGCAGGGCCAGCUGGGCGGCGUCAUGGUGUUCAGCGAAGCCCUGCAGCCAAACCAGAUCAAAGCCAUCUGCAGUGCUGGUCCAAACUGCAUUUCUCCAUUUAAAGUUCAAGAGUCAGAAGUCGGUGACCUGUCAACCAAAUUGCUGCUACAUUAUUCACCCAAGGCUUGCAGGAACCCCAUCUGCCUGGAUCUGUCCCCCAACAUGCUGCACGGGCGCCUGACGGGGAACAAAGUCGUCAACUGGGAAAUGAAGGACAUGAUCAACUGCGUGGGGGGCCUGCCGGUCCUCUUCCCCGUACUGGAGCAACUGGUACCGCUCCCCCCCGACCAGCAGAGCAGCGACCCUGCCAGCUGCUCGGACUUCAUCACGCCAGACGUGACCACACCAGCGGACGGGGACUGGGUCAUCCUGCCAUCCAACAGGGCAUCAGAAGCGCGUCUGGAGAAGAAUCUGGUGGCCACAUUCCUGUUGGUGCUGAAGCAUUUCCUGCAGAGACACUUGAUCAAUCAGGAGACUCUGCUGCACUCGCACGGCGCAGGAACGCUGGGAGCGCUGCUGCAGAAGCUUCCGCCGGGUCACGUGGAUGUCAGCGUGCUGGUUGCUACGCAACUGCUUAUAGAGCAGGUGACCUUCGAGAAGAACCAGGCCCUGCUGCAGCAGCUGCACACACACGUGCUGUUCAACUUCAACAUCUGGAACAAAGGAGACUUCCCACUACGCAUAGGUCAUAUCCAGUACAUGUCCACCGUCAUCAAAGACAACAGGAAGCAGUUCAGGAAAAAGUACGGCGUCCAGUUCCUGUUGGACACCAUCCGCCUUUAUUACGGGAGGAACCCUAACAGAGAGAACGAGCUGAGCGAGGACGACGUCCGCACCGUCCGCGCGUCUCUGUACGGCCUCAUCAAGUACUACAUCAGCAAGGGGAUGUCGCAGGAGGAGAUGCACAGCAUUCUGGGAUACGUUGCUGCUACCGGGGACGAGGACCAGCUGUGCGCCCUGUUGGAGCUGUUAAUCAGCCUCCUGCAGAGCAGCCCGGCCAAGGACCAGCUCUUCCUGCUCCUCUUCGAGCCCGCCGCCGCCGACUCCUGCUACACCCUCCUCCUCAACAACAAGUACACGGACCGACUCCGAGAGCUCGUCUUUAAGCUGUUUGAGCGCAUGCUGCGCUGCGACCGGGUCUACGAGAAGAACAAGCAGCGGCUGCGUCUUCGGGAGGCCGGCUACGCCAGCCUGUCCCUGCUCUUCUCCGAGCUCCACAUCACUCCCACCCUCAUCCGCUGCCUCCUCAAUCAGAUCCUUCACACAGAUCACGUGGUGAACUAUAAGGACCUGAUGGCUCUGGUCCAGCUGACUCACCGGGCCGGACCCAGCGUGAGACUCAUCGUCUGCAAGAGGGUGUUCCAGCUGCUCCAGUCCCAGCAUGAAGCUGCAAACCAGAUCUCAAAGCAGCAGUGUUGGCAGGACACGCUCAUGCGGCUGUUUCUGCGGGGGGAAGGCUCGCUCCCUCUGCGCAGCGCCGACACCGUCAGCACGUGCAGCCUGGACCUGAACCGAGUCAGCGGCGGCGCCACCAACCGCCUGGACCUCCCGCUGGAGAGGAAGCCGCGGGCGGGCAGCGCCAGCCGCUUGGACCGUCUGGACGACGACAGGCUCAGCAUCGGCGACACGCGUUCUGUGGACAGUCUGGAUAACGGGGACGUCAUCUCGCUGCUGGACACGCCGUCGUCCUCCGCCGAGCCGCAGCUCCACAGCAAGCCCUGGGUGGUGGGGAAGUCCGGGGGCCUGACGCUGGACCUGUCCCACCUCCAGGGGUAUGAAGGGGGGGAGAGCGGCACCCAGACGCCUGGGAGCAUGCCCAGUACGCCGUCGCCGCUGGAGACCUCCAAGCCGUUCCCCGGGACCUCCGGCGACAGAGAUGCAACUUCCUCUCUGGCUGAAGACGGCUUCCUCUUCAGUGACAACAUUUCACUGGGAGAGUCUUACAACAAUGCAGAGAGGGCAGAGGAGGAGCUGAGCAGCAUGCUGCUGGAGAUCGUCCUGUGUGUGAUGUGGCGCGGCGUGGAGGGCUCCGAUGAUUCAGCGUGGCUGGAGCGCGGCCAGGUCUUCUCAGCUCUCACCAAACUGGGAACGGCCAACGAGCUGCUGCUUCCUGUGGACCAGAUCAAGCUCAGUCUGAUGGAGCGGAUGUUGGAGCUGGCGGUGGGCGACAACCGCGAGGCCUCGGCCGCCACGUUGCCCCAGCACACGGAGAACGCGGUCCGGCUGCUCCACAUAGUGCAGGACUUCCUGCAGGCGGAGGGCCUGGUCUACCCGGCCCUGUGGACGGAGAAGGUGCUGGAGGAGACGGUGACGCUGAUGGACUGUCUCAUGGUGUGGUACUCCUCCGGCUCUCAGUGGUUCCAGCUCUCCCAGGUGGGACUGAGGCUGCUCCUCGGCUUCAUGGCUCAGGAAGACGUCCAGGUUUGUGCCAUGGCCACCGCCAAGCUCAACGGCAUCCUGCAGACCAAGGAGGUGUCGAGCCAGGACGAGGCCUGCUACCUGCUGGGGAAGGUGGAGGGCAUCCUGCGGCGCUCCACCCAGGAGCAGACGGAGGAGACGUACUCCUUCCUGGUGCCGCUGCUGCGGACGCUGCUCUCCAAGGUGCACCGCCUCCUCUACAUGGAGCUGCACCUGCCGCAGCUCCCCGACACCAACGGCAGCCCGGCCUUCUUCGACGACUUCAAGCUGUACUGCAACUCCCCGGAGUGGCGCGUCUACCUCGACAAAUAUAUUAUCCCGUACAUGAAGCAGUAUGAGAUCGAAACGUUCAGCCAGGGCCACGAGACCACGGCUCUGUACUGGAAGGAAUGCUACGAGGCCUUCAUGGUCAGCCUGCACCGGAGAGAGCGGGAGCGGGGCGAGAGCAAGAUCCGUUUCCAGGAGCAGUUCGUGGAGCCGUUCUCGCGCCGGGGCCGCCAGGAGAACCUGCGCUACAACAGCAUGCUGAAGCAGCAGCACAGCCAGAGCAGCGCCACCCUCAGGCAGUGGAAGGCGGCGCGGCGGGGGCUGGUGUGUGAGAGGGGGCCCUGGGCCGACAGGCAGCAGGAUGAGAUGCACUGGAGGGUCUCCAGCGCCGAGAACUACUCCCGGAUGAGACUGAAACUGGUCCGCAACUACAACUUUGACCCUCACCGAGAGGCCAGCGGUCUGAGAGACAACCUGGGUGUCCAUCAGCAGCGCGUCAACUCCGAGUCUCUGCUGCUGGAGGCCGUGAAAGUCAAGGUCAGCGACCUGGAAGACGACGUCCUGGAGCUGCCGGAGGACGACCCCGCCGCCGCCAGCAACCAAGCUGAGGCGGAGGAGGCUGGUCAGAAGGAGAAGCUGGUGUUGUGGGAGGACUGCGAGCUGGUGACGGUGGUGGACGUGGUCCCCGGCCGCCUGGAGAUCACCACGCAGCACAUCUACUUCUACGACAGCAGCCAGGAAAAAGAGGAAGGAGUGGGUCACGACUUCAAGUGGCCGCUGUCGCAGAUACGGGAGGUCCACCUCCGGAGAUACAACCUUCGCCGCUCGGCUCUGGAGAUCUUCCUCAUCGACCAGACCAACUACUUCCUCAACUUCAAAAAAGAGGUGAGGAACAGGGUCUACAGCCGCAUGCUAGUCCUGCGCUCCCUCAGCCUCUACGGGACGCGGUCGCCGCAGGAGCUGCUCAGAGCCUCGGGGCUCACGCAGAAAUGGGUGAACCGGGAAAUCUCCAACUUCGACUACCUGAUGCAGCUCAACACGAUCGCAGGCAGAACCUACAACAACCUGGCCCAGUACCCGGUGUUUCCCUGGAUUCUGGCGGACUACACGUCCGAGGAGUUGGACCUCUCUGAUCCCCGGGUUUUCAGAGACCUCUCCAAGCCCGUCGCCGUGCAAAACGAACGCAAUGCCAAGGCGGUCAGAGAGAAGUAUGAGAGUUUCGAAGACCCGACAGGCACCAUUGACAGGUUUCAUUACGGCACCCACUACUCCAACGCCGCCGGGGUGAUGCACUACAUGAUCAGGGCGGAGCCCUUCACCUCCCUCCACAUCGCGCUGCAGAGCGGACGGUUCGACUGCGCCGACCGCCAGUUCCACUCCAUCCCAGCGACCUGGCAGACCCUCAUGGACAACCCCAACGACGUCAAGGAGCUCAUACCCGAGUUCUUCUACUUCCCAGAGUUCCUAGAGAACCAGAACGGCUACGAUCUGGGCCGCCUGCAGAUCUCCAAGGAACGGGUCACUGAUGUCAUCCUUCCCAAGUGGGCAAAGUCUCCCGAGGACUUCAUCUACAAGCACCGCAAAGCUCUGGAGUCCGAGCACGUCUCGUCUCACCUGCACGAGUGGAUUGACCUGAUCUUCGGCUACAAGCAGAGAGGCCCUGCGGCGGUGGAGGCGCUCAACGUCUUCUACUACUGCACCUACGAGGGGGCGGUGGACCUGGACGCCAUCACGGACGAGAAGGAGCGCAAGGCUCUGGAGGGGAUGAUCAGCAACUUCGGCCAGACUCCCUGCCAGCUGCUCAAGGAGCCCCACCCGGUGCGUCUGUCCCAGGAAGACGUGGAGAAGAGGAAGUCUCAGCUGGACUCGUGUCCUCUCAACAUGUUCGAGCACCUCAGCGACCUCAAGUCCUUCUUUGUUGAGGGCAUCAGCGACGGCGUGCCGCUGGUCAAGGCCGUGGUUCCCAAGAACCAGUCCCACUCCUUCAUCACCCAGGGGAGCCCCGACACGCUGGUGACGGUGAGUCAGAGCUGCCUGGUCGGGACCCACGGGUGGCUGCCCUACAACAAGAACAUCUCCAACUACUUCACCUUCAUCAAGGACCCCACCGUGUCCAACAUCAAAACUCAGCGUCUUCUGCCCGGACCCUUCGCCCCCGGCGUGGAGGUGGCAGCGGGGCUGUUCGUCGUCUCCCACGACGGGAAGCUGCUCUUCAGCGGCGGACACUGGGACAACAGCCUUCAGGUGACCUCGCUGGUCAAGGGCAAGACCGUGGGCCACCACAUCCGCCACAUGGACAUCGUGACCUGCUUGUCCACGGACCACUGUGGGAUCCACCUGAUCUCCGGCUCCAGAGACACCACCUGCAUGGUGUGGCAGGUUCUGCAGCAGGGCGGCGCUCCGGUGGGUCUCUGUCCCAAACCCAUCCAGGUGCUGUACGGACACACGGACGAGGUGGUCAGCGUGGGCAUCAGCACAGAGCUGGACAUGGCCGUGUCCGGGUCCCGGGACGGGACGGUGAUCAUCCACACGGUGCGGCGAGGGCAGUACAUGCGCUGCCUGCGGCCGCCGUGCGACAGCUCCCUGCCGCUGUCCAUCCUGCACCUGGCCGUGUCCUGGGAGGGACACCUGCUGGUGCACACCUGCCUGGAGGGCAAGGCCACGCUCAAGGAUAAGAACACGCUGCACCUGUACUCGGUGAACGGGAAGCGUCUGUGCAGCGAGCCUCUGCAGGAGCAGGUGACGGACAUGUGCGUGUCCGGGGAGUACGUGAUCAUCGGCAGCGAGCAGGGCUACCUGUCCGUCCGGGACCUCUACAGCCUGGCGCUGUGCGCCGAGCCCAUGGCCAUGCGGGUGCCGGUGCGCUGCGUCUCCGCCACCAAGGAGCAGAGCCACGUGCUGGUGGGGCUGGACGACGGCAAGCUGAUCAUCGUGGGCGUGGGCCGUCCGGCCGAGAUGCGUUCCAGCCAGAUCAGCAGGAAGUUGUGGGGUUCCAGCAGGCGUCUGACUCAGAUUUCCUCGGGGGAGACGGUGUACAACACCCACAAUGAGAACAACUGACCCCCCCACCCCGACCUCCACCCUCCGUGUCCUCGUCCCUUCACAUUGUCCCCCCAUCAGCUCCUCCACCCCCUCCCUCCAUCCAUCCUCAGCGGU